AUGGCGCUGCUCCUAAGGUCGUUUGUUCGACGGGGUGUGUGUCUCUCCCGAAUCCAGAGUGUCUCCAUCAGCCCACUCAUCUGCAGACAUGCUGCUCCGAUGGGGACCACGGCCAAAGAGGAAAUGAACAAAUUCUGGGCCAAAAACACCAGACUGAACCGGCCCAUGUCCCCACACCUCACCAUCUACAGGUGGUCCGUCCCCAUGGUGAUGUCAGUGACUUUCAGAGGAACAGGAGUGGCUCUGAGUGUAGCAAUCUCGGCGUUCGCGGCGGCCGCCCUGGUCCUGCCGGGCUCGUACCCGUACUACUUGGACCUGAUCCACUCCCUGUGGGUGGGACCGGCUCUGAUCGGACUCGCCAAACUCGGCAUCGCUUUCCCGGUCUCUUUCCACACCCUCAACGGGGUCCGCCACCUGUGGUGGGACAUCGGUAAAGGCUUCAGGAUCCCGGAGGUCUAUCGUACCGGGUACACGGUGAUCGGGCUCUCUCUGCUGACGUCGGCCGCCGUGGCGUUUCUCCUCUGA